AUGUCCGCAAAUGCUUGGCCCGGGGCCGAUGGCUCCUCCCAGCGGUCCAGCCAACAACUGUCGCAGAAGGAUAUCGUUCUCGACCGACAGAUGAUCAAGCACCUCCUUGGCAGAUACGGACCAGACGAACUCAGCCGCCUCAUCCAGGAGACGACAGGGCCUCAGUCGGACGGCGCAUCCAUCGUGUCUUCUGCACAGUCGUCCAUCCUAUCGGACGACCCCUCGAGCGUCUGGGACACCCAGAGCGUCAGGACCUUUUCUUCCGACGCAUCCUCCAUCACUGGCAGCAUCAUCUCCAAUGUUUCCCGGGGUACAUCCAAGAUUCUAGGUCGACGCAGUCAGAGCAGCAGCAGCAGCGCCGCCGCAGCAGCCCAAGCCCAAGCCCAAGCCCAAGCCCAGGCACAGGCGCAUGUACACGCGGCACAACACGCUGCCCAAGCCCACCAGGAAGAAUCGUGGAAUGACGUGCCCACGUCGUCCGAUACGGCACCCGACGCCGCGUCGAGCACGACGAGCUCAUCGAAGCAGAAGGGGGCCUUUAUGUGCGGCUUUUGCAAGGAGGAGGACAUCACCAAGACGUGCACGCGCAAGAACGACCUGAAGCGCCACAUCGAGGACUUCCACAACGUUAACGCCCAAUGGUUCUGUCGGCACCGCGGCUGUCAGAUGGUCUUUGACUGGCAGGGCGCAUACAAGACGCAUUUGAAGCAGGCUCACGGCGGUUCCAGGAUGUCCUUGGACGAGGCCAAGGUCAACCUGUGCCCCCAGGUCGUCUUCGCGUGCGGCUUCGACAACUGCCUGCAAGUCUUCGAGGCACAGGGCGACACGGAUGCCAGCUCCACGUUCAAGGAGUACGUGAGCCACGUCGUGAAGCACUUCGAUGAAGGAUCCAACAGCGGCGAGUGGACGUACUCGGCCAGGAUACGCAACCUCCUGCGGCAGAGUCAGGUGCAGGCUACCUGGAACGAGUCCAUGUGGAACGAGGCCUCGCGCAACAGCCUGCAAUGGAGCCCCCAGACGUCUGGCAUCUUGAGGAAACGACUGGAGUGCCGCCACAUUGGCGACGUCAAGCUGCUCGUGCAGUACGCCCUCAUGCUCGGCUCCGACCCGGGCACCGCCGUCAAGUUCCGCGAGGACUUUGUCACGCCGGUCGCCGACACGUGCACCCUGCACAUGCCGGGCCACAAGUCACGACAGCCGAGCGUCGCAGCGCCCGAACCGGCCGAUCCGUUCUCGUUCAAGAUAUCGCGCGGCGCGAACCCCGCCCUCGCCGCCUACAUGGCAUCUCAGCGGAGAGUUUACGUGCCCAGACAGCAGCGGGUUGCGAGACCGCCGCAGCUUCACCACCCGCACCAGCAGCAGGUGCAGGUGCCGGCAUCGAACUCGAUGGCCAGUCACUCCCGGCUGUCGCACUCGUCCCACUCGAGUCAUCACGGCCACCAGCAGCAGGGCCACCACGGCAGCCAGAACCACAGCACGCUCGGGCACUUCUUCCAGACGCCGCUGGACUCCUCGUCGAUGUACGACCCGAACGGCAACGCCCAGGCCUUUGGAUCCAGUAGCGGCGCCAUGCACCACGGCGGCAUCAUCGCAGACGACAUGCAGAGUCUGAGGGGCAUGGCAGCAGGCACGCCCGAGUCUUCGGACGUGGAGAUGCAGGACCCGGGCAUGAUGGCAGACUUUUCUUCGCAGUACGCGUCGCACGCGGCCAGUCUCGCAAGCCCGGCCAUCUCGGCCCACACGGACGGCUUCUUCCCGCCGGGGCAGGCUUACUAG